AUGAACUGCAAACAGAAACGCCGGGAGCAGAGCGCACCACAAAGGCGGAGCGGGCAGCGGGCGGAGCGGGCAGCGGGCGGAGCGGGCGAGGACGGAGCGAGCAGGGAGGGAGAGGGCGGAGCGAGCAGAGAGAGAGAGGGCGGAGCGAGCAGAGAGAGAGAGGGCGGAGCGAGCAGAGAGAGAGGGCGGAGCGAGCAGAGAGAGAGGGGGCGGAGCGAGCAGAGAGAGAGGGGGCGGAGCGAGCAGAGAGAGAGGGGGCGGAGCGAGCAGAGAGAGAGGGCGGAGCGAGCAGAGAGAGAGGGGGCGGAGCGAGCAGAGAGAGAGAGGGCGGAGCGAGCAGAGAGAGAGGGGGCGGAGCGAGCAGAGAGAGGGGGGGCGGAGCGAGGGGGGGCGGAGCGAGCAGAGAGAGGGGGGGCGGAGCGAGCAGAGAGAGAGGGGGCGGAGCGAGCAGAGAGAGAGGGCGGAGCGAGCAGAGAGGCAGGGGGCGUGGCCUGCUAA